AUGCUAAAGAAUGCCUGGCGACAAGUUACCCCAGCCACAAUCUCCAACUGCUUCAGACAUGCCGGUUUCGUACUGCCUGACUCCCCGCCAUGUGAGUCCAUUGCCACCCCUACUGAUGUCGACGACGAUGAUGACGACGACAUUCCACUAGCUGUCUUGAGAAAGCUGUCCACUGGUGUAUCUUUUACCGACUACGCACGUGUUGAUGACCAAGCCCUUACCUGUGCCGAGAUGACCGACAGCGACAUCUUAGAAAGCAUCGUGUCCCAACGCCAACCGAAAGCUGAAGAUGACGAUGACGACAAUGACGACGAUUCCUUGCCAACGACCAAGCAAACCAUCCAUGACGCCAUGAACGCCCUAGAUACAGUCCGAGAUUUUCUCCAGCAGACGGGCAUCGGGAAUAAUACAGACUCAGCCGCCUCACAGAUUGCCGACGUCAGUUAUUCCAUCCAACAGUAUUUCCUCCUCGAGAGAAAACAGUGUACCCUGAGUGAGUUCUUUGGAACUGUUUCUAAGUGUGACUGA